AUGGAGGCGCGCGGGGAGCUGGGCCCGGGCCGGGAGUCGGCGGGCGGCGACCUGCUGCUGGCGCUACUGGCGCGGAGGGAGGACCUGCGCCGAGAGAUCCCGCUGUGUGCCGGCUGUGACCAGCACAUCCUGGACCGCUUCAUCCUCAAGGCUCUGGACCGCCACUGGCACAGCAAGUGCCUCAAGUGCUCCGACUGCCACACGCCGCUGGCCGAGCGCUGCUUCAGCCGCGGAGAGAGCGUUUACUGCAAGGACGACUUCUUCAAGCAGGCUUCCCGAUCCAGCACAGAGGCCGGCUGUACUCCCCAGGGCCUCCGGAUCCCCUUCUCAGUAGUCCGUGUGGCUCUGCUGCGGCUGCCCGGCAGGCGACCAGGGGUGUGGUUCCAGAACCGCCGGGCCAAGGAGAAGAGGCUCAAGAAGGACGCCGGCCGGCAGCGCUGGGGCCAGUAUUUCCGUAACAUGAAGCGCGCCCGUGGCGGCUCUAAGUCGGACAAGGACAGUGUCCAGGAGGAGGGACAGGACAGCGAUGCUGAGGUCUCCUUCACUGAUGAGCCAUCCAUGGCUGAGAUGGGCCCUGCCAAUGGCCUCUACAGCAGCCUGGGAGAGCCUGCCCCGGCCUUGGGCCGGACCUCCGGGGCCCCGGGCAGCUUCCCGCUGGAGCAUGGAGGCCUUGCCGGCCCGGAGCAGUACCGAGAGCUGCGCCCUGGCAGCCCCUAUGGUGUCCCCCCAUCACCUGCUGCCCUGCAGAGCCUCCCUGGCCCCCAGCCCCUCCUCUCCAGCCUGGUAUACCCUGAUGCCAGCCUGGGGCUCGUGCCAGCGGGAGCCCCAGGUGGGCCCCCACCCAUGAGGGUGCUGGCGGGGAACGGACCCAGCUCUGACCUAUCCACGGGGAGCAGCGGGGGCUACCCCGACUUCCCUGCCAGCCCCGCCUCCUGGCUAGACGAGGUGGACCACGCUCAGUUCUGA